AUGGCUGCUUCCCUUCCUUCCAAGACUGGCCAUCUCCUGGCUAAGGUUCUUGGCAUCAAGCUGGAUGACCAGAGGCAAAACGAGCAAGCCGUCGUGACCCGCGGUGAAUCUAUUGUUUCUGUUUCCACCACGGACACGUUUGUUGAGGAAGAACCGACCGCGGUAGAAUGGGUUCGCGAGACCUUACCAUCUGGUCAUGAGCUCGUUCAAUAUGCACGCAGCCUUUUCCCCUUCACCAAUUGGAUCCUUCGUUACAAUCUCCAAUGGCUUUUCGGAGAUCUUGUUGCUGGUAUCACCGUCGGGUGUGUCGUUGUACCACAGGGUAUGGCCUACGCCGGUCUGGCAGAGCUAAAGCCUGAAUUUGGUCUGUAUUCUUCCUUCAUGGGAGUUCUCAUCUACUGGUUCUUCGCCACGUCAAAAGAUAUCACCAUUGGUCCUGUUGCUGUCAUGUCCACAAUCGUGGGAAACGUUGUCCUCAAUGUUAAAAAAACCAAUCCGGAUCUUGCACCAGACGAAGUGGCAUCUGCUCUGGCAAUCAUUGCCGGGGCCAUCAUUGUAUUCAUCGGUUUGGUGCGCUGUGGUUGGAUCGUAGAUUUCAUCUCGCUCGCAUCCAUUUCAGCUUUCAUGACUGGCUCGGCGCUCAACAUCGCUGUGGGUCAGGUACCUACGAUGAUGGGCAUCUCAGGGUUUUCCACUCGCGCCUCAACCUAUCUAGUUGUCAUCAACACCCUCAAGCAUCUUGGCCGAUCGAAUCUAAAUGCUGCCAUGGGCUUGACAGCCUUGGCCAUGCUCUACAUCAUCCGAUCGGCUUGCAAAUAUGCCGCGAGAAAGUACCCCAAGCACGAGAAACUCAUCUUUUUCAUCUCAACUUUGCGGACAGCUUUCGUCAUCCUUUUGUACACCCUGAUUUCCUGGUUGGUCAACCGGCACCGGAGGUCUCAUCAUGCGUUUAAGAUCUUGGGCAAGGUUCCUAGAGGCUUUAAGCAUGCCCGGGUCCCCACUGUCAACAAGACCGUCAUCAAGGCUUUUGCAAGCCAAUUGCCUGCUACAGUCAUUGUACUCCUCAUUGAGCACAUUGCCAUUUCAAAGUCAUUUGGACGGGUCAACAACUACACAAUCGACCCAUCCCAGGAGCUGGUCGCUAUUGGUGUCACUAACCUACUCGGACCGUUCCUUGGAGGUUACCCUGCUACCGGAUCUUUCUCGCGUACAGCCAUCAAGUCCAAGGCAGGCGUCCGAACUCCUUUCGCAGGUGUCAUCACUGCUAUCGUGGUCUUGCUUGCUAUCUACGCGCUCCCUGCUGUCUUCUACUACAUUCCAAAUGCCACGCUUGCUGGAGUCAUCAUCCACGCCGUUGGCGACUUGAUUACUCCUCCCAACACCGUCUACCAAUUUUGGCGUGUCUCCCCACUGGAGGUACUCAUCUUCUUCGCAGGAGUAAUCAUUACCGUCUUUUCCAGCAUCGAAAACGGUAUCUACACCACGAUUUGCGUGUCUGCUGCCUUGCUGCUGUUCCGUGUCGUUAAGGCCCGUGGCCGAUUCCUCGGUCGGGUCAAGAUCCACUCUGUCGUUGGUGACCACGUUCUGGAGGAUGAUAAAGAUGAUGCUCGGGAGCCUCUCAAGGGAAACAACGAUGCCUCUGUCCGAAACAUCUUUUUGCCCAUUGACCACCAGGAUGGUUCCAACCCUCAAAUCGAUGUGGAGCGACCUUACCCUGGCAUCUACAUCUACCGCUUCUCUGAAGGAUUCAACUAUCCCAACGCCAAUCACUACCUUGACAAGCUGGUGGCUACCAUCUUCAAGGAGACCCAGCGGACUGAUCCCUUCACCUAUGGACGUCCAGGAGACCGUCCAUGGAAUGACCCUGGCCCGCGCCGCGGCAAGGAAGUUCAAGUGGAUGACCACCGGCCUACACUCAAGGCUAUCGUCCUUGACUUCUCCUCGGUUAACAACGUCGAUAUCACCUCCGUUCAACAACUCAUUGAUGUACGCAAUCAGCUCGACCGCUACGCGGCUCCCGACCGGGUAGACUGGCACUUUGCAUGCAUCAACAACCGCUGGACAAAACGUGCUCUUGCAUCCGCUGGUUUCGGCUACCCUACUCCCUCUGAUAGUCAGUUCCACCGGUGGAAACCCGUGUUUAGCGUUGCCGAGAUUGGCGGCCAAGACUCUGCCGCCGCGGUCGCCGAGAAGGACGAAAAUAUCAAGGAGCUCCAGCGUCUACGUACACAGGAUGCUGAGUCUGCUCGGUCGCAAAGUGCGCACAAGGAUGAGAUCCACAUUCAAUCGCAAAGCUCGUUGGAAGGCAAAGACUCUGCAGGCUACGGCACGGCCUUGAAGGUUCCUCAUCCAAAGGUGGCUGUUGUUCACGGCAUCAACCGCCCACUCUUCCACAUUGAUCUCACUAGUGCGCUGCAGAGUGCUAUUGCCAAUGCUGAGGCAAAGUCGCUUCAAGCAAACAACUUGGAACUGAAGCCCAUUGCUUGA